AUCCCAUCCGGGCUCUCCUUUGUUCGUUUCUUUUUUUUCUUUCUUUUUCCCACUCCAUCUUCAUUUUGCAUUUUUACCCUUCAUUCCCCUUCCCGCACAUCUUCCUUCCUUCCUCUUCCAAUCCCCAACUAUCCAUCCAGCAUCAGACCAGUCCUUGUAGGACAGACAUUCGUUAUAUUGCCUGGAUAUCUAUAAUAAUACGAACCGCCACUCUUUCCCCCGAAUUAGAACAACCGCCCUCUCGAGCACCUUCGAUUGAUUAUACAUACGUAACCACACACAAUGCGCGCUUCCGAACUCCUCGCCGGCGCCGCCGCCCUCCUCGCUUCCGGCGUGUCCGCCGAGGCCUACCUCGGCUUCAACUCGGGUAACACGCUCCCCAGCCGCGAAGCCAAGUUCAAGAAGGACUGGGUGCAAGAGUUCACCACGGCCCAGAACCUCAAGAACUCCCCCGGCGUCUUCAACGCCGUCCGUCUCUACACCAACAUCCAGGCCUACUCGCAAACCUCGGAGCCCAUUGAGGCCUUUGAGGCCGCCAUCGAGACCAACACCAAGAUCCUGCUGGGUGUCUGGGCCUCGGGCACCAACACCAUCGAGCCCGAGAUCAAGGCCCUCCAGAACGGCAUUGCCAAGUACGGCAAGAAGCUGACGGACCUCAUCAUCGGCGCCUCCAUCGGUUCCGAGGACCUGUACCGUGUCUCGGUCACGGGCAUCCAGAACAAGUCGGGUGUCGGCGCGGGCCCCGCCGAGCUCGUCAAGUUCAUCUCCGACUGGAAGAAGGCCUUCCAGGGCACCGCCAUUGCCAACGUGCCCAUCGGCCACGUCGACACGUGGGACGCCUGGACCAACGGCACCAACAAGCCCGUCAUCGACGCGGUCGACUGGGUCGGUGUGGACGAGUACCCCUACUACGAGAACGGCAAGGGCAACAACAUUGAGAACUCUGGCUACCUCUUCGACCGCGCCUACGAUGCCAUUGAGGGCGCCGUCGGCGGCAAGCCCAUCUGGGUCACGGAGACGGGCUGGCCCUACGUCGGCCAGACGUGGGACCAGGCCGAGGCCACCAUCAAGAACCAGCAGUACUACUGGCAGGAGGUUGGCUGCCGCAAGCUGUUCGGCAAGGUCCCCACUUUCUGGUACAACCUCCGUGACUCGAACCCGGACAACGAGAUGAAGUUCGCUAUCACCGACAACCUCUCCACCACUCCCCACUUCGACCUCACCUGCCCCAAGACCUUCAAGACCACCCCCAAGGCUUCUUCCGGCUCCAGCGCUUCUGCCACCUCGGCUGCUACCGGCACUGGUGUCUCGUCUCCUUCUAGCAUGGAGUCUGGCUCUUCCAGCUCCGGCUCUUCGGGUUCUGAGUCGUCGGGCUCCCCUUCCUCCGGCACUGCCUCUUCUUCCGAGCCCGCUACCGUUACCGCCCCUGCUGAGAGUGCGGUCGCUACUGGCUCUGCUACCUCGGUCAAGGGCGUGUCGGCCGCUGCUGUGGCUGGCAUGACCCUUCUCGUUGGUGUCUUUGCUAUGCUUUAAAGAAAGAGGUGAUUGAUGUCAACAAAUGAUAUAGAUGGAAUGUGUCAGGGAAAGCUAAAGUUGGGAUUGCAUAUAACUGGGCUAGGUCAUGUUAGUUAGGUAGACAAGAAAUAGAGAAAGGCGAUUGCCAAGUUGGUUAUCAUGUUUUGUGUAUCUGUUUGUCUGGUGAUGUUGGAUAUGCGCUUGCAUCUGCUGUAGCUUGUCGUAGCUCGUAAACAUCUGUAGAGACAAUGAACCAAUGCAGUCAUCAAUCAGCAGUAAAGAUCCCGCCCUUGCGUUCGUGAUACUUCACCCCAU